AUGGCGGAAGGGAAGCAGGCGAAAGUGGAAGCAAUCACCCUCAAAGUUGUCGCCCAGGACGGAACAGAAGUGUCGUUCAAAGUGAAGCCGAAAACCAAGUUCAGCAAGUUAUUUCAGGCGUACAGCGAUAGAAAAGGGUUCAAGUUAGACACCAUGAGGUUCCUAUACCACGGUGGUCGAGUGCUGGGGGACAACACGCCUGCUGAGCUGGGCAUAGAGAACAACGACCAGAUCGAGGUGAUGGUGGAGCAAUUGGGAGGAGGCACGUGGCAGCAGCAGCAGUGCCGCGAUGAGAAGGAUACAGGAGGAGGGGAUAGGCGCGGGGUACAGCAGCAGGAGGAGGAGGAGGAGGUGCAGGAGGAGGAGGAGGAGCAGGAGGAGGAGGAGGAGCAGGAGGAGGAGGAGGAGGAGGAGGAGGAGGAGGAGGAGGAGGAGGAGGAGGAGGAGGAGGAGGAGGAGGAGGAGGAGGAGGAGGAGGAGGAGGAGGAGGAGGAGGAGGAGGAGGAGGAGGAGGAGGAGGAGGAGGAGGAGGAGGAGGAGGAGGAGGAGGAGGAGGGAGCAAAAUAG